AUGGCGUCCUGUGCAGACGAUUCGGAGGAAGAAAAUAUUUUGUAUGAUGUGUUGGUACACGAAGAGUGGCCGCAAGAAUCAGAGCUACUGGUUAAAGCAAUCAAGGAGCGCCCAAGGGGUUCUGUGGUUGGAAGGUUUGCAUCUGUCGCAGAACGUUCAUUAUGGACAUUUGUACGAAGUGUUGGCUAUCCAUUAAGAUCUACUACGUCAUGUACCUUACCAAAUGGUCUUGUACAGCUGGUUAAUAAUCAGAUUAAUUGGCAAAUUGCUGUAUCAAGUGACAGCAGACUGAUUGCCAUUCUACAAGAUACUUGUAUUGAAAUCAGAUCUCACAGAGAUGAAUAUGCAUCUAUUGUUGGCAAGUGUACAGUUUCAGUUUGUAAGGACCCUUAUCCACAGUGGAGGAAGGUUACCUGGAAUAGAGACUCUACUAUGAUUGGCUUUUCAGACAGUUCAGGGAAUGUACAAGUCUUUGAUGUUGUAGGCAGUCUUCUCUGCACUAUUCCAAAAGAUGAAACUUACAUGCAUACUGUUCCACUAGAUAUCAAUGUACCCAUCGAUUUGAGCUGUGCUAUAGCUAGCUUAAUAUUUGUAGAAUACAAACCUAAUCAACAAUGUUUGAAUCUUGAACAAAAGGAACUGUGCAGAUCCCGAACUAAACUACUGACCUAUCUUGAUAGACUUUCAACAUAUGAGGUUAUUUUAGGCGGUCCUAGUGCAGCGGAAGAACAUUUUGAUCAUAGUUUUUUUCGUAAAUUUAGAAGUCAGAAUAUUGUAGAAACUGCUGUUGAGUACUCACAGGAUGGUGAUUGGAGAGCAUUGGAUGCUAUUUUUACUUAUCAUGGUAGGUAUACAUCACUUCAUAGAUUGGCAAUACUUGGAAAUUUUCCAGAAACCAUGUCACCAUUUGAAUAUAGAGAUUUACUACCAGAGGGAGGAUUACUUGAAGACAAUACAAAUGUAUUGAAUUGGGAAUAUCCUUCAAGAAAUAAAGACUGGUGUGAAGAAGAUUUUUGUACAUCUCAAAUUAAUCCACAUCCAGAAGAUUACGGAGCAUUUCUCUAUGAAGAAAAUCCACACUUAGAUAAAUACAGGACUACCAACCCCAGUGAUAAGUUACUGACAGAAUGGUAUAAAUUUCGUGCCUGUGAAAUUGAACAAUUUUCCAGACAGGUUGACAAUGCUCUGGAGUUGAUUAAUUUGGGUAUUGAAAGAAAUAUCUCAGACUUGAAUGAUCUUCACACUGACUUGGUUACUAUGGAAACACUGGUUUAUGAAUGUGGCACCGAGCCUGCUAUUACUUUUGAAGAGUUUCGAGAAUUGAGUGAUAUUGAGAAAUUACAGAUGUUGAUGGCAAAGCCAACAAAAGAUAUGUACAUUAAGAAUGUAAGACAGUGGUUGGUACCAUUUCUACAGAGGUGUGAUAGAAAGAAACAAGGGAGUGCACAAACAUUGCUAAGGUUAUACCUGGUAUCUAUGGCAAAGGAUGAUCUAACUUUUCCAGUGAUGAUCUUUGAAAACUCAAGACCUGAUAAACCUGAUGCAAUAAUCCGAGAUGUUCAGCAGGUGUUUUCCAUUGCCAUUGACUGUAUUUAUAACUGUGAACGUGAUGAUCAGCUCAAUCUUGCAUGGACUCUUUUCCAGAGUCUCCCACAAAAAGGAUAUGGUCUGUUAUGUUCUGGUCGACUGGAAAACAUUAAACUAGCCGGUGAUCUGAUGGAUCGAGGCAUGGAUGAACUUGAUGGUGCGGGUAGUUCUAGGUUGAUGAUGUUGAAUGAAAUAAAGGUACCAUAUGACAGAUCUGUAGAAUUAGUGUUGAAUGCAGCCAUGGAAUACUUUAAUUCUUCUUCCAAUCUCACAGAUCCAUGCAUGGAGUUAGCCAAAGCUUGUCUGCACUUGAUAGCUGAUGUACCAGCUACUAUACGUGCAGAGUUAGAUUUAAUAGAAGCAUUACAACUACUAAGUAAUUAUGAUUUACUUCAGCUAGCAAUGUUAUUACGAGUGUCAGGAGAUGAUAUCGAUGACAGAAAUGGCCGUGUGUUGGUUCUGAUUGCUAUGGCUGCAUUACAGGCCCAUGAUUACAGAGUUGCACAUGAUACCUGUAGUGACUUAAUGAGUCAGUAUUACCAUCCAGCAUGGAGAGUGUGUAAACAGUUGGGCGAAUGUGAAGAAUUCAAAGAUCUCACAGCAAGGAGAUGUCUAUUGUCUUAUGCUGUGACAUAUUGUGAUGAUGAUGUCAUAGAAUCACUUAUGAACUCAAGAAGUCUACUAGAAACACAGAUGGACAUAAAUUAUAGUAAGUUUGCAACUGUCCAGCCGAUAGAAGAUACAGUCAAAUUUCUAAGUCAUGCACUGUUACGAACUGGUAAAUGUGAGGAAACACGAACAUCUGGUGAAUUAGUACAACCAGCAACACAAGUUUUACUGGAACUUGCUAAGGAUUGUGUAUUUGAAGACAUGUCUCUGUUAUUGGGAUAUCUCUUAGCAUUACCAGAGUCUCUGGAUGCUGAACAUAUAUUAGAAAAGCUACCCAGGACUGCUGUGUGCUUGCAGUUUGCUGCAUACUACUAUGCACUACAGAUCUACACAGCAUUGAACCCUUACCAGGGGUCAAAGGUCAAUGACCUUUACUUACAAUCACCUAAUGAAGUCAUUGAUGUUGUCAUCAGUCAUGUGACUAGUCAAGCUACACCUGAUUGGUCAGAUUCUGUCACAUUACUGAUCCCAAAAUUGCAGCUAUAUGUUGAACUAUUGGCUGACUUCAUGCAAGCGGAAAUGUUACAAAAUUUGGGAAGAGGUGUUGAUGUUGCUAGAUUCACACAGGACAAUGAAUAUAAGCAUGAAACAAUUGUAGGAUUAGCUAUGAGUGAAGAAGUUGAUGCGUUUGAAAUCUCUGUGUCAUUAGCUAAGCGGUAUAACCUGUCUAUAUGGGAGGUUUACAUGACACAUUUGGAAUACCUAUUCUCAGACAGUGGUCUUACAACCAAAGAGAUUGAGAAGAGAUGCAAAGAUCUUGACAUUUUACCAACAUUGGUUGAGAAUUCAUCAGAUUUCUGUCAGCGCUGUAAAACGUACAUAUAUACCAGCAUUGAGGGGGAAAAUCAUAAUAGACUGUUGUUUUAUUACACAUUGAUUGGACAGUGUGAUGAUAGUGAUAUUACUGACAUUAUCAAACCAGAUACUCACAUAAAGUUACUGAAGAAGUUGAAGCCUUCCAUGCCUGGUCUGGAUUAUAAGAGUCUGUUUGAUGUUGAGAAAGAUCCAUUUGAAGUUAUUAAACCAGUACUGCAAGGUAGCAAUGUUCAUGUCAUAGCUAAACUAGCUAAUAAAAUACCUGACCAGCUGAGAGGAGGUUUUCUUGUACCAAGCUCAAUGUUUUGUCUCUAUGUUAAUAAGUUAUUCUGGGAAGGUGAACAGAGUGCAAAGAAAGUACCUCAAUCAACUGCUGAUUGGUUACAUCGAUAUGAAGCUUGUGGUGAAUAUCUUCAACGAUUAAUACCAUCUGAUUUGAUAUUAUUUUUUGAUGGCAUUACAUUUACUGAAGAAGCUUUUGUUAAGUUGACUGUUGAUUGUCGUGUUGAUAUUAUCAAGAGAGCAUUAAAGUAUGUUAAACAGCAGAGUGGGAAAAAGAAACAGACAACAGAAACUGAAGCGAACUAUGAAAGUGUUAUCCAGUAUCUACGGCAGUCUCAGAGACAUCUAGAUACUUUUAAUAGUGCAUUUAUUAAAGACUUGAUGAACUCCCAAGAUGUUCCUAAAACUUACUUCCCAAAUUUGGUUUAUAAUACAGCAAUACUGCUGGACUACAUUCAGUCACAGCCAAUCUGA